AUGACCCAGGUGGCUAACCGUGUUGGUGGUAUCUACUCUGUUUUGAAGUCCAAAGCUCCCGUUACUGUUGCAGAAUAUAAGGAUCGCUAUGCUUUAAUUGGACCUCUUAAUCAGAAAUCUGCCACGGUCGAGGUCGAAGAACUUCCAGUUACAGAUCCAGCCCUCAAAGCUACCCUCGACUCAAUGUAUCAUAGAGGAAUUAGAUAUCUUUAUGGUCGUUGGUUGAUUGAAGGUGCUCCCCGGGUCAUUCUUUUUGACUUGGAGUCUGCUUCUCACUUUCUCAAUGAGUGGAAAUCCGAUCUUUGGAGUGCUGCCGGUAUCCCAAGUCCAACCAAUGAUACUGAAACUAAUGAUGCGGUCCUUCUUGGAUACCUGACCGCAUGGUUUAUGGGCGAAUUAUGCUGCCAUGAAACUGAACGUGCUAUCAUUUUGCAUGCCCAUGAAUGGUUGGCUAGCGUCGCAAUUCCUCUUUGUAGACAGAGAAAGAUUGAUUGUGCUACCAUAUUCACCACUCAUGCAACUUUGCUCGGUCGGUAUCUCUGUGCUGGUUCUGUCGACUUUUAUAAUAACUUAGACAAGUUCGACGUUGAUUACGAAGCCGGUAAGCGUGGUAUCUAUCACCGAUACUGUAUAGAGAGGGCUGCUGCUCAUUCCGCGGAUGUGUUCACGACCGUGUCCCAUAUUACUGCUUAUGAGGCCGAACAUUUGCUUAAACGGAAACCUGAUGGUGUUUUACCCAAUGGCUUGAACGUUAUAAAGUUCCAAGCCGUCCACGAAUUCCAGAACUUGCAUGCUGAGAAAAAGGAGAAAAUUAAUGAAUUCGUUCGUGGUCAUUUCUACGGACAGCUGGACUUCAGUCUCGAUAACACACUUUACUUCUUUAUUGCUGGACGUUACGAGUAUCGUAACAAGGGGGUCGAUUUAUUUAUCGAGUCCCUAGCUCGUCUCAAUCACAAAUUGAAGGAGGUGGGAUCCAAGAUGACCGUGGUUGCUUUCAUCAUCAUGCCUGCGUCUACUCGUUCUUAUACUGUCGAAACGCUUCGUGGUCAAGCCGUGGUUCGUCAACUGGAAGCUUCUAUUCAUGAUAUUCAGCAUUCCAUGGGUCGCAGACUGUCCGAGUGGUGUCAAAAUCCACGUCAUUGUUCCAGCCGUGCUCAGAUUGAAUUACCAUCUUUGGAUGAUCUUCUAAGACCUUCUGAUCGUGUUCUUUUAAAGCGUCGUAUGUUUGCUUUGAAGAGAGAUACUCUGCCUCCUAUUGUGACCCAUAAUAUGGUUGACGAUGCCAAUGAUCCUAUUCUUAACCAGAUUAGAACUUGCCAACUGUUCAACCGCAAGGAUGACCGCGUUAAGAUUAUUUUCCAUCCAGAAUUCCUAAACUCUUCGAAUCCUGUGCUUCCAUUGGACUAUGAUGAAUUUGUUAGAGGCUGCCAUAUGGGAGUUUUCCCAUCUUAUUAUGAACCUUGGGGUUACACUCCUGCAGAAUGUACCGUUAUGGGUAUUCCUUCUAUCACCACCAAUUUGUCUGGAUUUGGUUGUUAUAUGGAGGAUCUAAUUGAAAACUCUGUUGAUUAUGGUAUCUACAUUGUGGACAGAAGAAUGAAGUCUGUCGAAGAUUCUAUUAACCAAAUGGUUGAUAUGAUGUUUGACUUCUGUAAGAAGACACGCAGACAACGUAUUAACCAGAGAAAUAGAGUGGAACGACUCAGUGAUUUACUGGAUUGGCGUAGGAUGGGUCUUGAGUAUGUUAAGGCCAGAACUUUGGCUCUGAAGAGAGCCUAUCCAGAUCAGUUCUCCCAAGGUAGUAAUCCAUUUGACAGCGAUGAUGCCAAGAUCUCCAGACCUUUGAGUGUUCCUGGAUCUCCAAGAGAUCGACUAGCCAACGGCGCUAUGACUCCGGGUGACUUGGGUACUCUUCAAGAGUCUAACGAGACAGGAUUUAUGCCCUGGCUCAGUAAGGGAGACGGAGAAGAGAACGAUGUUACAUUACGUGGUAGCAGUGUGAGUGCAUCUCCUCGUCACAGUAUUUCGGAAAACUAG